UCGGGUUGGGCUGUCAGUGUCGGCGGCCGCUCGUCCCUGCAGAGGUGGGUAGAGGCGCGGACGGCACCCGGGCCGCGUCGUGCUUCUUGCUGUCGCCGAGGCACCAUGGACGACGAGGAUUUGAUCAAGUACUUUAAUUCCCAAAUGAAAGAAGACCCUGAUGUAGCUUCUGCUGUAGCUGCCAUCCGAACCUUACUUGAGUUCUUAAAGAGAGACAAAGGGGAGACAAUUCAGGGUUUGAGAGCAAACCUGAAAAAUGCCAUUCAAAUCCUGUGUAGCGUGGAUUCUUCAGUGGCCGUCUCCUCAGGUGGAGAACUCUUCCUUCGAUUCAUCAGUCUCACCUCCCUGGAGUACUCAGAUUACUUAAAAUGUAAGACAAUCAUGAUUGAGCGAGGAGAGCUCUUUCUCAGGAGGAUCUCACUUUCCAGAAGUAAAAUUGCCGACCUGUGCCAUACUUUCAUCAAAGAUGGAGCUAGGAUCUUGACUCACGCCUACUCACGAGUGGUGCUCAGAGUCCUGGAGAAAGCAGCCGCGGCGAAGAAACGCUUCAGCGUGUACAUCACUGAGUCCCAGCCUGACUUAUCCGGGAAGAAAAUGGCAAGAGCUCUCAGCAGUUUGAAUGUGCCAGUCACUGUGAUUUUAGAUGCUGCUGUUGGCUACAUCAUGGAGAAAGUGGAUCUCGUGAUAGUGGGUGCAGAAGGAGUUGUUGAAAAUGGCGGCAUUAUUAACAAGAUUGGCACCAACCAGGCAGCCGUGUGUGCCAAGGCACAGAACAAGCCCUUCUAUGUAGUGGCAGAAAGUUUCAAGUUUGUCCGACUCUUUCCUCUGAAUCAGCAAGAUGUACCAGAUAAGUUUAAGUACAAAGCAGCAACACUAAAGUCUGUUGGAACCGGACAAGAUCUCAAAGAGGAACACCCCUGGAUUGACUACACCCCACCUUCCUUAAUCACAUUAUUGUUCACAGACCUUGGGGUGCUGACGCCCUCAGCAGUCAGCGAUGAACUCAUCAAGCUUUACCUCUAGCUCCCGGCCCUCUUUGACCAUCAAGUUUACCAAAAGCACAGGGUGAUGACCCAGGACAAAGUGGAGUAAAUAAAACUUCCAAGGUUUACGGACUGUUUCAAUCCAACAAGCAUCCCGUGUACUGUAUGCUUUUCUGCAUAAGACACACAGUGUACAGCUAUCCCUUCCACAUCGAAACUUUCCCCAUCAAGGUUUUGACAGCAGAUUGGCGUAAGAAAUUAAAUAGGAAUUUUUGAGUUUUGUGGAAGCUGCAGACGACACAGGUUUUACAGUAAGGUACUGUACUGUACUGUAAAGUAGUGUAAAAAGACAGAAUUCAGACUUCUCUGGUAUGAAGGGAGAGCCAAAAAUUUUACUUGGCUUUUUGAGAUCACUGAGGUACCGCACCCCUAACCCCUACAGUGUGGAAGGGAUAGCUGUAUUAUGAUAAUGAUUCUGAAGGCACAUGGUCUUAUCUAAACCAAGACCAUCAUUAUGAAAUUCAGGGCUGAAUCUAUACUGUGUCUAUACCCUAGAAAUACAAUUUUUAAUAAAAGUUUAAAUAUGUAUAGGCAAAUCCUCAGGUACCUACUUCUGCUUAUUCAAGGCCUAUCUAAAUUAAACUUGUACUUUCCCUUCACUCUCAAA